AUGGUUUUUAAGGGCAAAAAGGCUCUUUGCAUACAUGUCUACGACGUGAAAGAUUUAAGCUGUCUGUCUCUUAGCGACCGUCACUGCACUGACUGGCUAACCAGUGUUCCUAGAUGGCUGGUUGUUGGUGAUGCUGACAAAUCGACCGGUCUUUUCCCCACAGCAGCUAAUCCAAGGUUUUCAGACAACAGUGGUCUGCAACCUAAUAUCAUCCAUCCAUCAACUCCGACUAAACUAUGUAAUAACAUCUGGCUUGAAAUGGAUUCGUCACGGGAUGGGAGAAGUAGGGGAAAAUCUCGUGGAAAGUAUACCACCAAAGCGUGCGAAGAAUGCCGUCGCCGGCGAGCUAAGUGUGACGGGGUAAAACCAUCAUGCUCCAGAUGCAUUCAGUGGAAUGUCUCAUGUCAAUAUUCAGGCACCGAAGAUGGUCGCCGACCGGCUUCCAAGUCGUACGUCCUACUUCUUAGGCAGCGUAUCGAAUCGCUGGAGAAGCUGUUAGACAAGCAUGGUAUCAAUAGCAUGGAUCAUGGAGUCCAGCCGCCUGGUAACAACUUGGAUAGCUUCAUGGUAAAUGACAAGUUAGACGAGGCAUCCUACGCAAUGGAUAGUAUAUGCGAAUCUCUCAAAGGCCAACUAUCGCUAGCCGAAUCUUUGAACUUCGACAAAGAUGGUGAGAUGCGAUACUUUGGGCCUACCAGUGGGCGGCUGGGAUUCCAAGGCCUUCCGUCAAGCAGUCGGAACUCAGAUACUCCACAACAUAACACCCCGCCGGAUGCUGCACUGGGUAGCAUCGACGACUACCUCAGACUUACAGUGCCUAGCCCAGUGAUUGAUGAAAUUCCUGUCUCUCUGCAAAACGAGCUCAUAAAUCUUUACUUUACGUGGGAACAACCGUGGUACCCUAUUGUUGACGAGACCCUUUUCAGGGAGAGCAUGAGCUCCUCGGGGAGAUAUUGGAGUCCGUUACUUCAUUACUCCAUUCUCGCCUUGGGCUCUCGAUACUCAGAUAGCUUGGAUGUCCGAUCAGACCCAACUGACCCUAACUCAGCCGGUCAGAAAUUACUCACCCAAGCGAAGAGUCUUCUACAUUUAGAGAUGGAGCACCCUACUCUUGUGACAAUUCAGGCACUAGGGGUCAUUGGCAUGGUCUACUUUGCAAUUGGCAAAGAUGCUGCUGGAUGGCUACACCAUGGAAUGGCGGACCGACUGUGUCUAGACAUGGGGUUGAACAUGGAUCCUGCAGGCUUUGCAGGGACGGUCGCGAUAUCAGCUAGGGAGACACGCUUGAGAAGACAGAUAUACUGGACACUAUACUGCCAUGACAAGCUUUCCGCUACCUAUACGGGGCGGAUAUGCUCUAUGCUCCAAGGAGCUGUCGGGUUGCCAUCCGAGAUGGACGAGUCCAAGGACAACACAGAGACACCUGUGGAGAUCCGAAGAGCUGUGAUACCUUUACAAAGAGCAUUGAUCAAAAUCUGUCAGAUCACCGAGAAAAUUCUACUCUCAGUGUGGGGUCCCAAGCCACUCGUCAAGGAAUCUGAGCGGCCGCAAUUCUUCGAAUCGAGCCUUCUUGCUCUGACAACUUGGUUCUACGAUCUUCCUCAGCAGCUCAGGAUCGAUCGUCCCAACCCUGUGCCUCAAGCAUACACGCUUCAUAUGAUAUAUCAUACGACGAAGAUUCUACUUGCCAAACCGUUCCUCAUGGACCCUGGCUACUGCGAUUCUACUGGUGCGAAGAGUGACAUGGUGGAGAAAGCUCGAACCAUAUGCAGGGACUCCGCUAAGACAAUAUCAUGGCAUCCCGCACGACAUAUUGCGAAUGGGCUUAGAAAGCUUUGUCCCAUGCUGCCUAGCGACGUGUCACCUGAGAGUGGUAACAUCAGUGCGGUUGACCUUGAUAUUCAGGACCUUAUGCAGAAUCCUUCCGAAGUAUGUGGCGCUUUUAGUGAUGAGGCUAUUCCAGAGCUACAUAAUAUCCUCUGGACUGAUCUUGCCCCUUGGAGCCAGCUACCCGACGACUACGGAUACUUUGACUUGUUGAACCAGGCCACAUGGGACCGUGCAUGGUAG